ACGCGCACGCCCUCCCAUCUUCCCAACGUCUCCCCAUUCGAAGUCUCGCUGAGGACAUCCCUCCGCCGCAUCCCAACCCAGAAUGACAACCUCCAUCGCCGCCGGCGGCGGCAACUGGCGCACCAUCAACAUCGACGCCCUAGACCCAGACUCGCCCUACAACUUCGACGUAUCCGCACUCGCACCGUCCGUUGACCCCGUGAGCGCCGCGGACGUGACAAGCCUGGGCACACAGAUACGGCAGUUGCUGCGCGGAGGAGACGCAGAGGGCGCGCUGAGGGGCGCAUUGGAAAGUGUGCCGUACGGGGCCGACGCAAAGGGGAAGGAAACCCACCUCGGCACCAUCAUCGAGAUCCUACAGAGCAUCCGCCAGGCCGAAAUGAGUCCGAUCCUGCAACGCAUCUAUGCCUCGGACGGCGGCGUCGAGCUGCUGGAUGUGUUGAUGAAGUACAUCUACAAAGGCAUGGCCCAACACACGUCCGUCGCCGCCAAGCCAGCCAUCCAGCCCCAACCAACCGGCUUCUCCCAGAUCAGCGGACGAAGCGGAGGCGAGGGAGGCGGACAAGCUAUGAGUGUGUUGUUGAGUUGGCAUGAAAAGUUGGUAGAAAUCGCUGGUACAGGAAGUAUCGUGCGCGUCUUGACGGAUCGACGGACUGUUUGAAAGUCCAGUGGUUUAUAGGUUUUUUGGCGGGCGUCGUCGGGAAACGACUCCCCUGGACUGUUGUUACCAGCGUCUUGACCAGCAGUCGUCGCGAACAUGAAUUAAAA